AUGGCACGCUCUGCCAUUGUCCAAGAAUACCCCCCUCCUUCCUCCUCCACUCCUACCCUCACCCUCGACCACAAGACCAUCCAUGAACGCCAACAAAAUGGGAUCGCUCGCCCCAAAGGCUACCGUGUCUCCUGGCAUGCCAACCCAGCUGUCGAACCGCACCAUUUCGGUCAAUCGCACCCGAUGAAACCCUGGCGUCUGACUUUGACCAAACAACUCGUCAUGGCCUACGGCAUGCACCACGCGAUGGACCUGUAUCUCGCUCGCGAAGCGACCUACGAAGAGAUGGCCGAGUUUCACAAAACAGACUACUUGGAUUUCCUCCGCCAGGUCAUUCCUGGCGACAUGGAGAACCCGGAGCAAGGCGAGAAUAUUGCGCGCUUCAACUUCGGCGACGACUGCCCCAUCUUCGAUGGCCUGUACAACUACUGCUCCCUCUACGCUGGCGGCUCCAUCGACGCUGCUCGCAAGCUUUGCAACAACCAAUCCGAAAUCGCAAUCAACUGGUCCGGCGGGCUUCAUCACGCCAAAAAGGCCGAGGCCAGCGGCUUCUGCUACGUGAAUGACAUCGUCCUCGGCAUCCUACAGCUCCUCCGCCUGCACCCGCGCGUCAUGUACAUCGACAUUGACGUGCACCACGGCGACGGCGUCGAGCAAGCCUUCUGGUCCACCGACCGCGUUCUGACCGUCUCUUUCCACAAAUAUGACAAGGACAACUUCUUUCCAGGCACCGGCGCCCUAGACAGCACCGGACCAACCCACCCACUGAACCCAGGCGCACACCACGCCGUCAACGUACCCCUCCACGACGGCAUUGACGACGAAUCCUACAUCCGUCUCUUCCGCGAGGUCGUCGGCUCCUGCAUCUCAACCUAUCAACCCGGCGCAAUUGUCCUCCAAUGUGGCGCCGACUCUCUCGGCUGCGACCGCCUCGGUUGCUUCAACCUGAACGUUGCCGCCCACGGCGCCUGCGUCGCCUACGUCAAAACCUUCGGUCUCCCCCUCCUCGUCGUCGGCGGCGGCGGCUACACCCCCCGCAACGUCUCCCGCGCCUGGGCCCACGAAACCUCCAUCCUCAUCGACGCCCAGGAUACCAUCGACCCCAACAUCCCCGACACCGUCGCCUUCCGCAACCACUUCGGCCCAGAUUACUCGCUCUUCCCGCCGCUGAGCGAGAUGCGCAAGCUCGAGAAUAAGAACCCGCGCAGCUACCUGUCCGGCCUCGUCCAGUCCAUCCACGAGCAGUUGCGGUAUAUGCAGGGCGCGCCCAGCGUGCAGAUGAGUUUUAUUCCGCCGGAUAUUCUGGGCCUGCGGGAGGAUACGGAGAAGGAGAUCGAGGAGCAGAUGGAGCAGCAGGAUGAGGCGCGGGAGGAGAAAGAAGGCGGUGGGUCUGCGAGUAAGAAUAGUCGACGACGGGAGUUGGAGAGGGGUGCUGGGCAGAGAGGGGAAUUAUUCUCUGCUUGA